AUGACAGCGAAAGAUCCAAGUCGAGAAAACCUUGAAAUGGAUGACUCGAAAUUAAAGAAAGAUCCAGUACAAAGUGCAAUUGGUGAUAUUGGCUUUUGGCAAAUCUUCAUUUGUCUCAUUAUUUUCCUCCUCAAGUUUCCCGUAGCAUGGCAUCAAAUGGGAAUCAUUUUUCUGGCACCAAAGCCCGACUUCACAUGCUCGAAUGAAACUCUCAGCAAAUGUGAUGCAGACUGCCCACAGCAUGUGUUUAAUACUGAGAUAUUUACCAAUACAAUCCAAAAACAAUGGGACUUGGUGUGCAACAGAGAAUAUUUAUCGAACUUAUCGCAGACAAUAUUCAUGCUGGGUAUUUUAGUCGGUAACAUGUUUUUCGGAGGUCUCGCCGAUAAAUUAGGAAGAAGAAUUCCAUUAGUCAUUGCUGUAACGGUUCAGCUCAUUUUCGGUGUUUUAGCUUCAUUCGCUACAAAUUAUUGGAUAUUUGUCAUAUGCCGAUUUAUUACAGCAGCCGCAACAGGUGGAACAAUGGUAACAAGCUUCGUGCUUGUCAUGGAGAUUAUCGGCAUCAAAUGGAGAGAAUUAUUCUCUGUCCUUUAUCAAGUUCCAUUUAAUUUGGGUCACUUGACUCUCCCACUUUUUGCAUACUUUAUUCGUGAUUGGCAAAAGCUGCAGUUUGCUCUAUCAAUUCCAUCGAUAAUUCUACUUUCAUAUUACUGGCUCAUACCUGAAUCUCCAAGAUGGCUGUUUACUGUCGGUCGGGUCAACGAAUCUGCAAAGAUUUUGGUAAAGGCUGCAAAGAAGAAUGGAUUACCAUUUGAGCAUAUCAAGGCCGAUUUAGAAUCAGUGCAAGAGAUGAAGACAGAACAAGUUGCAAAAGGAACAAUCUUUGAUCUAAUUCGUACGAAGAACAUGAGAGUAAAGACAAUUUGUAUGAAUUUCAAUUGGUUUGUUUGCGGCAUGUGCUUCUUCGGUGUAUCACAAUAUGUUGGUGAGGCUGGCGGUAACCUCUUUAAAAAUGUUGCCAUUUCCGCUAGUUUAGAAAUUCCAGGAACACUUGUUUGUAUACUUUUACUGAAAUAUUGGGGACGUAAGAAGACUUUAAUCAUGUCAAAUUGCAUCAGUGGUUUUGCUUUACUCGCAAUUGCAUUUGUUGAUGAAGGAGAGCAUGAACUUAUUGUGAUUUUAGCAACUAUCGGAAUCAUUGGAAUGUGCAUCUCAUUCCCAACAGUCUAUCUUUAUGGUGGUGAAUUGUUCCCAACUGUUAUUAGAAAUAUUGCUAUUGGAACAGCUAGUAUGAUUGCUCGAAUUGGAUCAAUGAUAUCACCUUUCAUUGCUAGUGGCUUAAGCAAAACAGCACAUUGGUUACCUCCAUUAAUAUUCGGAAUUGUUCCUAUUAUUGGAGCUGUUUUAGUUCUCUUUUUGCCAGAAACCAGAGGAUUCCCACUUCCCGAGACUAUUGAGGAUGGCGAGAACUUUGGAAAGAAGGAAAAGAAGAAGUUAACUGCUUAA